AUGGCUGCGCCGACCACCACAGAGGACUCCACUGUCAAGGCUUCCAAAAGCAGCUCUCUGUACUGGUCCAAGGCUGAUGGCAACAGUGCUGAACGGCUCUUGUAUGUGGUAGAGCUGCUUCUGUCAAGGGGACAGCCAGUGCUGCUGGCUGGAGAGGAAGCAACGGGAAAGUCAACCUUCGUGGAGGUGCUGGUGGAGCCGAAUCACCCUUGCAUACACAGCCCCGUCACCCCUGCCUUCCAUUCUACCCACUUUCGCCUCCUGCUAAGCAGAGGAGUCCAGGACCAAGCACAAGCCGGCUCAUGGUCUGCACGCUACCAGGAUCUCAAAGACUCCCUCCUCUUCCUGCUGGAGGAUCUGCACUUGGCCUCUUCUGAUGCGGAGAAUAGCUGCCAGCCGGUGCUGGAGACUCUGCGACAGGCCAUGGACGGCACAAUGUAUGCCCCCAGCACACUGGAACUGCAGAACCUGCAUCCUGCAGUCAACUUCCUUGCCACCACCACAGUGCCCGGAGGCUGUGGGCGCCCAGUGUGCCCGCGCCUCUUUCGACUCUUCACAGUGCUGGCCCUGGGCAGCAUGACGCAGGCUACCCUGCUGAGCAGGCACACACCCAGCAUCCAAGCCUGGCUCGAGCGAUUUCCCUCAGUGGAGCAGGUGGGCAUUCUGGGGAAAGCCCUGGUGCAGGCCUCGGAAAAACCCUCAGACCUGGUCUUCUGUCAGGAGUUGAUACUUGGGUCCAAUUCUGAGGGCCCCAACUUAUAUCUAGAACGACAGUGGGGGAGUUUGGAAGAGCAGCUGGCCACUUCAGCUGCUCAGCUGAGACUCAGCCCCCACCUGGUGCGGAGCCGCCCCAUGGUCCAGCAUGUGGCCCGCCUGGUCCGGGUGCUGGCCAGGCCCCGGCAGCAUAGUCUACUGCUCUCAGGGACUCUGGGUACCGGGCGCCACGUGGCUGUCACGCUGGCCACAAGUGUUUGCCAGGCCCGCCUCUUCCACCUGCCAGCUGGGCCCGAGGAGGCCAUUCUCCAGUGUCUACGAGAUGCCAGCUGGGAUGCUGGAAUGUUAAGCCACCCAGUGGCCCUGCUGGUGCCAAAGAGUAUGGAUCUCACUACUCUUGAUCGGCUGGUGGCCCUGGCAACCACAGGCAGUUUCCCUGACCAGUACACACAGGCAGAUUUGGACAGCAUUGAAGAGCAUCUCCCCAGGGAAAACCUUGGUAUCAAAUCUAACAUUAAGAAGGAAGUGCUGUUGCAAAGGUUCUACCAACAAGUAUGUAGCCACUUGCACAUGUUCUUCCUGGUUGAAGAUGGCCAGGCCUCAAAGAAGCUGCCCUCUACAGUUUUUCUGAGGCUCCUUCAACUGACCACUACCAACAUUGACCACUAUGAGUCUUGGGACCAGGCUUCCCUGGUACGAGUGGCCCAGCACCACCUGCACGGUGCUGAAAGCCUACCUCUUGGUGAUGAAGCUCACAGCCAGGCUAAAGCCAAGUCCAUUGCAGGAUCCUUCAAGUGCCCAGACCUCCAGGCCUCAGUUCCCAGUGUGGCUAAAGCCAUGGCUCUCAUCCAUCUUUCUGCUGCCUACUACCAUGAGCACUUGUGUCCUGUGUUGCCACUUGUCACCCCUAAGACCUUCUUAGACUUCCUAGAUACUUUCCUGCUGCUGCAGCAGAAGAUGAUCCAGCAGAUAAAGACAAGAGCAAAGAUGAUCCAGAAUUCCCUGGAGAACCUGCGGGUUCUGGUGGAGCAGCAUAGGAUCCACACCAGCCUGGUCAUCAACUUGGAGCAGCAGCUAAAAGACUCCCAGAAGAACCUCAACCUAGCCCAGCAGCAGCUAGAGCAGAGCAAGCUUCUAUACAAGCAGCAGCUGUCAGAGUGCCGACAUCAGGAGAGCCUCACUGAGACCCUGGUCAAGCAGCGGGAUGCCCUGCAGGCUCAGCACCAGGCUUUCCUGGAGCAGAUGGGCAAGGCGUUCAUGGGUCCUUUGAGCCAGCUGAAGGUGGCUGACUUUGAAGAGAUACGGAGCUACCGAGCACCCCCGGAGUCUGUAGUGCGGGUGACUGAUGCACUGUGUGACCUGUUCCACUGUGAAACUGGCUGGGCCAGUGCCAAGCAGCUUUUAUGCACUGAGGACUUUUAUCAGGAGCUGGUGUUCUUCCCCAAGGAGAAGAUGACCGACGCAGAGCUGAUAAAAUUGAACCACGCUCUGAAGGCUCCAGGUAUGAGUGACACAGCCCUGCGGACAGUCAGUCCGCCCGCAGCAAGCCUGGUGAACUGGCUCUGGGCCGUUCUGCGCUAUGGGAUGGCAAAGCGCCGGGAGCGGCCCACAGGCCUCCUGCUGCGGCAGGUGGAUGCCAUCCUGACUCGGGAGCAGGCCCGCCUAGGCCACUACCAGUUGCAGGCCCAGGAGAAGCUGGAGGAUAUUUUGACGUGGACUAAGAAGGUGAAGGAUGCCCACGCUUUCCACAGUCAAAUGCUGGGAACACUCACCCUGGCACAGUGUGGCCAUUAUAAAAAAUGGCCGGUGAGGCCUGCGCUAAUCACGCCCAUGCACACUUGGACUACACAGCUGCAGAAAUUGAGGGGACACUGCUUGACCGUGUUUGGAGAUGCUCUUGUGUGUUCAGCUGCUGUUGUCUACCUGGGUCCCUUCCCACCACCACGGCGCCAGGAGCUCCUAGACAAGUGGCUGGCCCUGUGCAGGGGUUUUCAGGAGCCCCUAGGCCCAGAUGACGUGGCACAGGCACUGAAGCAGAAGCAGAAACCUGUCAUCAUGCCACCAAAGACUCCCCUGCUGCCCACACGCUUUCCCUUCAGCAUUCUGUCCUUACUGAGCUGUAGUUCUGAACAGCACCAGUGGGACCGAGACCUGAAGCCCCAGGUGAAGUCAGCUCGCCUGGCAGGCCUGCUCCUGCGAAGCAGCACCCACUACCAUAGUUGCCGUUGGCCUCUGCUGCUGGAUCCCAGCAACCAGGCCCUCAUGUGGUUGAGCCCACUGCCUCUGGUUGAGGACAGGUGCUUGGCAUCAGCCAAAGGCAAGGGCCCCACAUGGGAUCCAGACAGAGAGACCCAACAGGAGGCCUCCGGAGAAGAUGAUGAUAAUGAAGAGAGCUGUGAGGCUGAAGAGCAGCUGCAAGCACAGAAGGCAAAGGAAUGGGGAAAGGAGGAAGAGGAAGAGAAAGAACAUGUGGGGGAAGAGGAAGAAGAGGAAGAAAAGAAUGAACAUGAGCCAGGGAGUCAGGGGUUCAAGCUCGCCCUUGAGACUCAGUGUCCGCCUCCACUGUGCCUCAGUGUGCUUUCAGGCACUGACCCAAACUUGGGUCCUCGGCUCUGGGAGGCCGCUGCCAGUGGGCAGCCUGUGCUCCUGACUAACGUGGAGCUGGGCCUAGGGUGCCCAGAACUGCAGCAACUGCUGCAGCGGGAACAGCUGGAUCCACCACGGGUGCAGCCUGGCUUCUGUCUCUACCUGAGCACUACCCUGCCCCUCGAUGCCCUCGGAAAAGUGCUAGGUGGUGAACUGCUGAAGGGGCUGAAUGUCCUGGAUCUGGGCCUAAACUUGGAAAUACUAGAAAACCAGACACUACAUGAAGUCUUGUACAGAGAGUGUCCUGAGCUUGAGAUCCGCUGGGAGGACCUAAAGGCCAGAGCCCUGGAUGCCUGCGAGGCCAUAGAGGCUAAUGAGAAUCCAAAGCAUCGGAAACCCACCAAGUUUCUACGGGACAUUGUGAGAGUCCAGGCAAAGAUCUGUCAGAUGCAGGCCGAUUAUGAGGAGCUGAAAGAACAGAAGCUGCAGGAGGUGGCAUCGUGGGCACCCUACCAGCAGGUGGCUUGGCAUGGAACAGCCAUCGUAAAGACCCUCAGCACACUACAAAACUCACUGCCCUUUUUCCGUAUGAGUGCAGAAAACUGGCUGGCAGCAAUCAGACAGGCUCUGGAUAGCAUGAAGCUGCAUGAUGUACAGCACAGGAAGGACCUGGCCAGCCACUUGCUGCAGCUGAAAGCACACCUGACCCGCCAGCUGUUGGGCAGGGCCCUGACUGCCCUGGGACUAACACAGGUGCCCUUGGUGGGUGCCUUGGGUGCUGUGGCUCUGCUGCAAGUGGCGGAGGAAGCACCAAAGUUGGAGAGGCUGGCGCUCUGGCCUGGCUUGGCAGCCUCCCCUAGUAUAGGCCCCUGGAAGUCAGUCCCUGGUGUCGUUCGGCCGGCCUGGCUUACACCGAGAACCUGGCAUGAAUGUGGGCUGUUAGAACUGUUGCCCCCAUUCGUUGGGCUUCGGGCAUCCCUGGCAGACCACUCCAGAGUUUGGCAGGAUUACCUGUCACUGCAUUCUACAGUGCUGGGCCCUGCACCUGGGCCCAGGUUUCAGUCCCUCAGCCUCCUCCAGAAGUUGAUCCUGUGGCGCGUGCUACGACCCGAGAACCUAGCAGGUGCCCUCGCAGACCUUACCACCAGCCUCCUGGGCCGGCCUCUGGAUGAGAGUCUGGGUGUUCCCAGCUUGCCCUUGGAACGAAGUCAGGCUACUCAGCCCAUACUGAUCUUGUUGCCACCACCUGGCCACCCCUCAGUCACCCUCCAUCCUCUGACUGUCAUCCAGAAACUUGCUCCCACGAAUAAGCAGGGACAAAAGCAUCUGCAGGUGAUCGCCCUGGGCUCAGAGGCCUGGAACCCAGCCUCGGAUGUGGUCAGCACCCUCCACCAGGCCAUGCUGGAAGGCCAGUGGUUGGUGCUGGAUAACUGUCAUUUGAUGUCCUGCUGGCCAAAGGAGCUACUGCAGCCCUUGCUGGGGCUCUUGGAUGGAGCCGAGGUGGUCUCAGACCCGGAGCAGGCUUUGCUUUCAGCUCCAGCCGAAAGCAGGAAUGUGACCACCGUGCACAGAGAUUUCCGUCUAUGGCUUAUUGCACCUGCAGAAGCCAGUGCUUCAUUGCCAGCGGUGCUGAGUCAGCACUCCAUGCCUGUUUUCUGGGACCAGUCCCUGGAGCUGGGUCACGUCUUGAUCCACAGUCUGGAGCUGGCCCAGCAAGGAGUGCACAUCCAAGGCCCUACCCGGGUACUGCCUCUACUGCUCCUGCACGGGCUCCUGCUGCACCGGCAGCUCUAUGGGGCGAGGCUGCAGGCACACCGGGGGCGCUGGAGUCAUCUGACCCUGACCCAGGCCCUGGAGACACAAGAGCAGCUGUGGGCCAGUCUCAGCAAUCCGGACACUGCCAUGCAAGAGCUGGCUGCUUCAGUUUUCUAUGGGGGACCUCUGGGGGAUACCAAGGACAGAGAGGCCCUGAUAAGCCUUAUCCAAGCCUGCUUGCGCCCCAGCAGCCAGAGCUGGGUCCAGCCACACACACCUCGGUAUCUACUGGCCACACUGAUGCCCAGCCCAGAGCUGGGAAAGCUGGACGCCAUCACAGAAUGCAAGGCCCAGAUGCACCUCCUGCCCACACCUUUGGAACCCGGGAUCUGUGGACUGAGUGAGGGUCCCCAGGCCUGGUUGUUGCGACGCCGGAGUCGUACUGUCCUGCAUGUGCUCCAGAGAAGUUCCUCUGUGUGGGUUCCUGCGGCUGUAGGAGAUGCCAGACGCACGGAAAGGAGGCUGCGGCAGCGCCUCGUGCAAGUCAAGCAGAAGCUGGAGUCAUUGCAGGUUGCGCUCAAUAACCCCAGUCGCAGGGACCAGUCUGGCGCAGGGCGGGGACGCAGCCCUAGGCGACCACUGGAGGACUUCCUGGAGACCGAAGCGCUGGAGCUGAGCCAGCUGGUGGGUACCCUGCAGCGUGACCUCAACUGCCAGUUGCGGCAGCUGAAGGGCGAGCCCCCUUGCCCCUCCCACCGCUGCACCGCCAUAGCCCAAGCUCUCUGGACUGGCCGCCUACCAGUGCCCUGGAGACCCCAUGUGCCCUCCGGCCUACAGCCGCCCUGGCAAUGGCUGCGGCAGCUGUUGUGCCGUGGGCAGCUGUUGGUUAGUUACCUGGGCGCGAAUGCAGGCACCGAAGUAUCAGAGCGUGUCUUUCACCUCUCGGCCUUUCGGCACCCACAUCGCCUGCUGCUAGCGCUGCGCUGGGAGGCUGCCCUGGAGCAACACGGGUCCAGCUUGAAAUCUGCUGGCAGCCAAGGUCCUGGCUCCUGUCAUCUCCUGCACAGACGUCGGGAACUGAGCAGCAGUCCAUUGCACCUCCAGGUGGAGAAUGGCCCAAACCCCAAGGUUCCAGAGAUGGGGCUGCUGUUGACAGGGCUGCAGCUCCUGCAUGCUGUGUGGGACCCUGAGGCUGGGGCCUUGCAGGACAGCUCUUCUAGCCAGCCCAGUCCUCUGCCUCCCGUCAGCGUUAGCGCACACACCCAUCGUGCCCGUGCCCUGCCAAGGGCAGCAGGCCUGGCUGUGUACUUCUGUCCGGUGUACCAGGCAGGGCCCCUUGGCCCUGCUAAACUGCACAGCAGGAGCAUCCUGAUGCACAUCCCUCUGCCCUCAAAACUUAGCGUCGCCACCUGUAUCCAGCGGAGAGUUCACGUGUGCAGCCCGCCCUUGCCCUGA